GCCAUUUCCAUCUUUUGAGGCUUAAAAGGGCAAUUUAACAAGUUAGAUUUAUCAUCAAGCCAGACCACAAGUUCAUUGACAAUCAAGCAUUUUCGCCAUGGCCGCCACAAAAGCCAUCCUCGUCACCGGCGCCACUGGCAAGCAAGGCGGUGCUGUGCUCGAACAACUCGCAUCGCACCCUUCCAGCUCACAAUUCACACUUCUGGCCGUGACCCGUGAUGCCAACUCUGGCUCAGCCAAGAAGAUUAUCGAGCGCCAUCCCGACGUCAAGCUCGUACAAGGCAACCUCGACGACCCCAAAGCGCUCUUCGCCUCCGCCAAAGCCGCGCUCAAGGAAGCCGGCAAAGAAGAAAAAGUCUGGGGCGUCUACUCUGUGCAAGUCUCGCUCGGCAAAAACGUCACUCACGAGAGCGAAGUCGUGCAAGGCAACGCCCUAAUUGACGAGUCCAUCGAACAAGGCGUCAUACACUUUGUCUACUCGAGCGUUGACCGUGGCGGCAACGAGCGCAGCUUUGAGAACAAGACGCCCAUCCCGCAUUUCCAGAGCAAGUACGAGAUUGAGCAGCAUCUUCUUGAAAAGGCGGGUAAGAACGGAGAAAACAUGGGCUGGACUAUCCUGCGUCCCGUGGCGUUCAUGGAUAACCUUACCCCUGCGUUUCCCACAAAAGUCUUCCUUGCCGCGCUGCGCGAUACCCUGCAGGGAAAGUCGCUUCAGUGGGUUUCAGUCGAGGACAUCGGACUGUUUGGUGCGCGUGCGUUUGUUAAUCAUGAAGAGUGGAAUGGGCGUGCAGAGGGUCUUGCGGGCAGCGAGUUGACCAUGGAUGAGAUGAGUGGGUGCUUUGAACGCGUCAUUGGUAGCCCACUCCCUGCAACUUAUGGUUUCUUUGGGUCAACACUCAUGUGGGCCGUGACGGAAGUGAAUGUUAUGAUCAGCUGGUUUGCGGCUGAGGGCUAUGGCGCUGAUAUUAGUAAGCUGAAGAAGGAGGAGCCCAAGUUGUGUGAUUUUGAGACUUGGCUUGCGGAGAGGAGUGGCUGGAAAGAUCAGGCUAUCAAGAGGUAGUUGUGCUGGCAGAUUUUAACGACCAAGUGAAUUUGGAAUGUUUUGGCAGGUCCUUGCCUUUGUCAGUCUCUGGGAAUUAUUUCUUUAUCUAGCAAUGUUUGAACCUUUUUAGUAGUCUAUUGCCUUCUACAUUCACGAAUCAAGACGGUCAUCUUAAGAUGAACAUUUCAAAAGACUUGUCUUUGAAGUAUCUUAGAGUAGUUAUGUCACAAAUCUUUGAAAUCAAUCACUAUGUAC